AUGUUUGCUUCAAUUAGAGACAGUGUGCAUUUACCAUGUGGCACAUCCUACAUCAAUUCCUGCUCCUCUGUUACCUGGAGUAUGGAGGAAAAUGGGUUUCCUAUCCAAUUAGUACUAUCAGGCAAGGUGGACGUGAAGGGUCCAAAGCCAGGAAGAGCCAGUCGACUGAAAGUGGGACAUGACUGCUCUCUACAAAUUCAACCUCUUGAAAUAGAUGAUGGAAGAGUUUACACCUGUGAAGAUGGGGCCACCAGUUCAAGGGUUUCUCUUCACCUUCUCAACAGUAUGUUACCAUUUAUGAUCAACCUAAAUUGUCAGUUUUUAUACACACUAUUUCUGAGUGAGUGUUGUCACCAUAGUUUUUAUUUUUAUUUUUUUAGUUACUCUGGCAACAGACACCAAUAUAGCACCAGAGAUGGAUAUCAAGCUCCAAUGUCACCUGAAUAUAUUCUCAGGCCUUGUCCCACAAUGCAACCAUAGUGAAAUACAGCUGAAUUGGCUGAAUGAAGCCAAUACAGUGCUACAGGGAGAGAGAUUUCAAACCGAACGUUCAUCUGCUUGCCUCUCUAAACUGAUCAUCCGAGGUGUCAAGAAGACAGACCAUCACAGGAAGUGGCGGUGUCAACUGAUUGAAGGAAAGGUUGUGAAGACGUCCCUCAGCUAUACCAUAGAAAUUGCAGGUACUUUUGUAACUAUGUAUUAUUACAGCAUAUUUGCGUUAACACAGUAGUAUAUUGCAAUCAAAUUCCUCUCUCUCUCUCUCUCUCUCUCUCUCUCUCUCUCUCUCUCUCUCUCUCUCUCUCUCUCUCUCUCUCUCUCUCUCUCUCUCUCUCUCUCUCUCCUCUCUCUCUCUCUCUCUCUCUCUCUCUCUCUCUCUCUCUCUCUCUCUCUCUCUCUCUCUCUCUCUCUCUCUCUCUCUCUCUCUCUCUCUCUCUCUCUCAGGAGGUAUAGAGGAAGUGUUUGUUGCAGUGGGUGAGUCAGUAUCACUUCCCUGUGUCACCCACUCUUCUCUCGAGGUGGGCAGCAGAUUCCAGUGGACUCUGGGUCAAAGAUCACUGUCCAGUCUGUCUCAGUCAGGUGAUGUCUCAGCUGGAACUCAGGGUCACCUCCCUGCAUCUCUCAUCAGCCAAGACGGGUCUUUGGUCAUCAGCAAUGUGAAAACACUGCAUUCUGGGCUCUACAACUGCUCGCAACAGAACAGAAUCCUACUACACACUCUGGAUGGUGAGUGUCAAUGGGUUGUAUCACUGAGACAUAAAUAAGUGUCUUACACUAUGAAUAAACUUAGUAAAUGAGGGUAACGGCACAAUGUACACCACUGCUUUGUCCUCAGUAUCUGCAGAGUAUGCUACCCCAGGCGGAAACAAUCUCACCCUGACCUGCUCACUCACCUGUGUGGAAGAUGGUAGAGACUUCCAUUUGACCUGGACUCACAGUGGCCAGGAUGGGUUGCAGAGUGGUCCUAUAGGACACAACAACACCCUCAUCUCCAAACUCUUCCUUCCUGACCGCCAGGGCACAGAGAAGAUAGCCUGCACCGUGCUCAGAGAGGGGGUUGAAAUGGCUGUGAAGGAGUGGACCAUCCAGAGAGGUAAGACUUUUGAAAGUAGUUUGGUACAAUGCAUAGCCAUGAUCUGUGUUGAGGCUGUAUUCUUUCAUUACUGUGAUGUUGUGAUAAGAUAUUGAGUUGUAAUACAGUCUCUGUGACUUGGUACGUCUUUGCAAAUAGGUCAUGUACUACCUGGGGUGAUAUGGUCAGUCCCCCUUUUGCUGCUGUUGCUCUGUGCUGUUGGAAUAAGGGGCGUGUAUUGGAAGAGGCAGGGCAAGGGAAGUGCCGCCGGUAAGUAUGUGUUCAUGUGUGUUAGAUUGUGUGUGUUACAAAAAAACUGCAAUUUUGAUGUUGCAUCCUUGAUAAAAGCCUACAGUAAUGACCAGCAGUAAAAAGGAAAGACAUACCAUCCUAAUUACAUUUAUGUGAAAUAAAGCUGACAUUUGUCCCCCUUUGCCUACAGAAGGAGAAGUACAGCAGACACCUGUUGGAAUG